AUGUGUAUGAUCUGCUUGGGAUCGCUCCGUAUCGCCCGUUUCUUUGAGCUGCCCCUCCGCAAGCCGACGGGGCCGUCAAUGGCCGAGAAUCGACGCGAGUCAAAGUGCGAAAGAGCCAAAAGAGCCGAGGAGCCGGGCGCCAACGUGGAUCUACGUGCCGCCGCCGCCGCCGCGCUGACCGAGAUUUUUCGAGACGCGUGGGCGGUGGCGGAGGAUGAGAUCGUGGCGGUGGAGGUAUUGGCGGCUGCUCCAUUCGUGAGCUCACUUCGACGACGAACGCUCGCCUUUUUCUGGCUCAUUGGAUGCUCUUCGGCCGGAGCAUGUUGA